AUGGAGGGAAUUUCUCAAGAGUGUGGAAAGUACCAAUGUCGUAGAUGGAAAGUUGUUGAGGAUAAUUCUGAUGAAUUUCCUAGUGUUGGUAGAAUUCUGGAUGGUAUGCUUAAGAAGGUGGAUUCUUCCAAUUCAGUUUUACAGGCUUAUUUGAAAACGAUCAAUCCCUCUGUUGAAACUGGAAUUUUGUUGUCUAGAAUUGCAAAGGGUCCGUUUAAACGUUCAAGAAGUUCGAAGAAGAAGCCUAAGGAUACCACUGGUGCAAUAAAGCCUGAUGCACCUCUAAAGGAGGUGGUUCAUUCGAAAACUGGAGUGUUCAAGAGACUCAAGAAAAUGGCUCAUAGGUCACAAAGCUCUUCUGAUAAAUAUCCAAGUUUUUUAUCCAUUUAUGGUUCGAAAACCCAUGUUACAAGAAAAAAAGUGGUGACUCGAGAAGUUCCAGUUCCCAUCUCACUUUCAUCAAAGAAGCAACAAGUCAAAGAUAUGGCUAAACAUAUUUUGAGAAAACAGAAAAAGAAGCUUCGCAAAUUGGUGUUAAAUGACGAAUCUACUAAAGAUGAAGUUCUUCAAGAUCCACCAGUGACAACUUCUCAAGUCGAUACUUCAAAUAUCGAAAUGAUUGUUGUAUCUUCCUCCGUUUCUCAACCAGAACGAAUUAUUGUUUCUCUUCCAUUGACAACAAAUGUCGAAACCACUCUGUCACAAGGUACACCUAUCAUUGUUUCUUUAACUUUCGAAACUUCCACCAUAGAUACAACAAUUACUUUACCUCCAUUUGUAACUACUCCUCUUGAUACACAUUCACCAACUUCCGAAAAUAUCAUCAACCAACCAGUUACUUCCUUAUUUUCUUCCCAAUCUACGGACCCACCGAUUAAUACUACGGAAGCUCAUCAUUCAUCUGAUGAUGAUGAAAAUAUUUUUGGUGGAACAUUUGGAGAUAUUCAGUUUGAUCCUAAAGAAGAGGAGAUUCCUGACAACUUGAUACUGACUGGAAAACAAUUCAAAAUCCUGAAUCAGAAGCUUAAUUCAUUAUUGCAAAUUCAAGCUGAUAGAGGAAGGAAACAUUCACCAGGAUCCUCUCCUUUAAUUACCAAAGAGUAUUUGUCCCAAAAGUUUCUUCUUUUCGAAGCUAAUCUCAACAAACAGUUAGCCCCGUUAUCUCAACUUGCAAGUAUUUUACCAAAAAAUUCCCCACCUGUUGUCACAGGGGUGCAAGGGGGAGAAAGGACGUCUGUUGGUGAAGGAGCUUCUGGAAAAUCUGGUGAAGAAGCUAAAGUAGUUGGAAAAGUCUUUACAACAAACAUUCCUUUAACAAAUCCAUUCAUAUCGAAAGCUGACCCCGUGAUUUCGACUGUUACAACUACAAGGCAGGUGUUAAAAGGUAGAGUGAUUGGCUCCAGUUGUCACACCCCCAAACCAGAAUGGCGGAAACAUUCGGGGGUGGAUGACUUCACGUAG